AUGGCGGGUAUUGCAAAUCUUGCGGAUAGUGUCCGUCCCGGGACAAAGGAGGACGUUUCAAAGAGUGACCUUCCUCUAAAGGAUCGAUUCUUCCGUUACUUCCAGGAAGAAAUAACCGCUUUACAAGAACAAAUGGACCGGCUGGCAGAUACGUCUCUCGUAGCCGGUGAACGCUCCGAUGCCACCGAUUACUGUCUAGCUGGCAUUGCACGCCUCUCCAACGAGGUCAAGGAUGCAUCAAGCUACAUCCCCACAUAUGAUCAACGCAUCUAUGCUGAAGCAAUCAAAGCCCUACAAGAUAAACUCUCCGAGACUCGAGCCACAAUCCAACCCAGAGCCAAAUUCUCAUUCAAGACCAAGAAGAAUUCCUCCGCAUUAUCCCUAUCAGACGCUGCCGAGAUCGCUGCCCAAGGUCGUCGCAUCGUCCCUGGCUAUCUUUCGCCAGACACCUCCUCUGUGAGCUCAUCCCGAAACCUCACCCCUCUAUACGCCUCUACGCCAGUCAACGACAUCGAAACACCCCAACUCAGACCCGAAAUCGCACCCACUUCCUCAGCCACCUUCCUCGACGAAGGCAAGGACAGCGCAGCCCUGGAGAAGAAAUCAAACGACAUCCGGCGUCCCAGCUUCUCAAAUGCAUCGUCUGUUGCUGUCGAUCAGCAUUAUGGCCUUCACAUAAUGCUCCCAGCCUCUGCGUCCAGCGCCGCGGUCCCAGCUUCAAUCACCUCACUACGUCACUGUGUAGUCGACAUGUCCAUUCCGACCACAGACGGAAAACCAUUCGCCAGUUUGACGAUCAAAGGUGUCAAAGAGAGUCUGAUUAUAUGCGGCCAGGUCGAUGGACCAGCGCACAUCACGAAUGUAGAGCACAGCGUCGUGGUGGUCUCAUGUCGUCAAUUCCGAAUGCACAAUUGCACGGAUGUCGAUGUCUACCUCAGCUGCACUAGUAACCCUAUAAUUGAGGAUUGCACCCGAAUCCGCUUUAGCAGGAUUCCAAAGACAUACGCCCUAGAUAAAAACCACCCCGACAACAGCGACAAAUGGGACCAAGUCGAAGACUUCAAAUGGAUCAAGCCCGAGCCAAGCCCCAAUUGGAGUAUUUUGGAUUCUAAUGCCGCGGUCUCGGAUGAGGUUUGGGCUGAGAUGGUUCCCGGUGGACCUUGUUGGUCGCUUGAGGAUAUUUUGAGGGCUACGAAGGUGUUACGAGAGUAA